AUGAACCGUACGAUGUCUUCUUCAUCUUCUAUAAUGCAAGGAGAAAACCAUUCCAAGUUCAUACCUUCCUCUUUGGGAAGAAGAAGAGUCUUACCUGGAAGCUGCAAACAGAAACUCGUAUUCGAUUCCUGCGAUAUGAGAAGACAUCCUGCGGAAAAACACGAAGACUGCCCUUUCCUAAAAGGAGACCACAUUACAAAUCCCAUGGUGGGUAUUAUGGGCCUCAAGCAGGAAAGACGUCGGAUAGAAAAACUCUUACAACGAAGGAGGAGUAGCCUGGUAGAAUUAGUUCAAGUGACGUUGAAAAAAUGGAGGCUUCUCGAAGAGUGCGAGCAAAAAUUGCAACGGUACUUUGUACAGUACAAUGCCUUUAUCCUUAAGGGUUUGGAGAAAAGGCGAAGAUUUUUCAACAAUAUGCAGCAAUUCCAGCAACAGGCCAGACUUCGUGGUGCUCAGAAUGAUAUACUCAGGCUCGAAGUGGAGAAAAGCAAAAUAGUUAAAAGGCUACUCGACAUCGAAACGAAGAAACACUUAAUUUACCCCAAUUUUCUCCGAAGAGUUGUGGAAGAAGGUGGCCGAUAUACAAGCGUCCCCGAACUGACCAGCUGUUUCGAGGCUAUAGAGGGCUCCCUGGAAAAAACCACUGGCUACUUCAACAAGCACAUGGACGAGCUGGAAGAUAAACGGAGAAAACUAGAGCACUUGACGGAUGACAACAAGCCGAUGCUGUUGAAACUGGACCUGGAGAUCAACGUCCUUUCGGAAAGAUUCGACGAGAUAAAACGUAAGAAUUUGGAAAACGAGGAGUUGAUAAUGUCCAUCUGUUCAAAAAUAAAUGACGGCAGAAAGGCCCACGAAGAAUGUCUUGCAAAUAUCGAUAAUCUUUACGAUCUCCUCUGCGCUAGGUUGGACGUUGAAAGGGGUUUUGCGAAAAACGACUUCAAGAACCAAUUGAUUUACAUCAAGUCCGUGUGGAGAUGUUGAGAUGGAAAGGACAGAUCAAUAUUGUAUUUUGAAGGUCAAAACUGCACCGGAUUCAUUUUGAAAAAUAACGUAAUAAAUAAGAGCAAUCAUUUCCUUGAAUUUGAAAAUUCUGAGUUAUUUUUCUAUGUGGAUUCGGCGCUAACUGUUUAAACGCUAAAGUGGUUUUAUUCCUAUAUACCUGUGUUUUAUAUGUUGUACUCCAACUCUAUGUUAUUUUUGUGUAUUCAAUUAUAUUUUAAUCUUGGUUUA